CCUGGGGGACCCGGGAGCCGACAGGAACCGGGGCGGCGGGGGAGGGGGCCGCCUCCCGGAAGGUCGCGACCCGGGCGAGCGCCCGAGGCGGAACUUGGUCCUGCAGAGCCUCCGGGGAGCCGCCGCCGCCUGCCUUUGGGGACGCCGAGGGCUACCUGUUGGCCAGUGCGUCCCCUGCACUGAGGCCGGCCCCCUGGAGCUGGAGAGUGCCAGCCAAAGAACUUCCCCACCGCACCCACCCAGCCGGGCUGGUGGAUUCUGCUUAGUAAACCCCUUACCCACUUCACUCUUCCCUACCCCCGCCCAUGAAUAUCCUUCUAGGUGCUAGUGUUCAGUCCCACCCUGUCAGCAAGAACACAGGUUUAGGCCCUAGAGUGGUGGUGGACAGACCCCCACCCCAACCUAAUCCCAAAGCCAGCUCUGGGAAGGAAGAGAGAUGGAGGUGAGAAAGCUGGGCGUUUCCUGGCAGUUCUGGAUAGUUCUCUUUCUGACCCUGCAAGGUCUGUCUGCGUUGGAUUUUGACCCAUACAGAGUCCUGGGGGUCAGCCGCACAGCCAGUCAGACUGACAUUAAAAAGGCGUAUAAGAAGCUCGCCCGGGAAUGGCAUCCUGACAAAAACAAAGACCCUGGAGCCGAGGACAAGUUCAUUCAGAUCAGCAAGGCCUACGAGAUUCUGUCCAAUGAGGAAAAGAGGACGAACUACGACCAGUAUGGAGACGCUGGUGAGAACCAGGGUUACCAGAAGCAGCAGCGUGAGUACCGCUUCCGCCAUUUCCAUGAGAACUUCUAUUUUGAUGAGUCCUUUUUCCACUUCCCCUUCAAUUCGGAGCGGCGGGACUCGAUUGACGAGAAGUACUUGCUGCACUUUUCCCACUAUGUGAACGAAGUGCUUCCCGACAGCUUCAGGAAGCCCUACCUCAUUAAAGUCACGUCCGAUUGGUGCUUCAGCUGUGUCCAUAUCGAGCCUGUCUGGAAAGAAGUGGUCCAGGAAUUGGAAGGAUUGGGUGUGGGGAUUGGUGUCGUCCAUGCUGGCUACGAAAGACGCCUGGCUCAUCACCUGGGGGCACACAGUACCCCCUCCAUCCUAGGAAUCAUCAAUGGAAAAAUCUCCUUCUUCCACAAUGCAGUGGUUCAUGAGAACCUACGGCAGUUCGUGGAGAGUCUUCUUCCAGGGAACUUGGUGGAGAAGGUUACAAAUAAAAAUCACGUGCGAUUCCUCUCUGGCUGGCAGCAGGAGAACAAGCCUCACGCCCUCCUGUUCGGCCAGACGCCGGCGGUGCCCCUGCUGUACAAGCUGACGGCCUUUGCAUACAAAGAGUAUGUGUCCUUCGGUUAUGUGUACAUCGGCUUGCGAGGUGUGGAAGAGAUGACCAGGCAGUAUAACAUCAACAUCUAUGCCCCCACCAUGCUGAUCUUUAAAGAGCACAUAAACAAGCCUGCUGAUGUGAUCCAGGCUCGAGGCUUGAAGAAGCAGGUCAUUGAGGACUUCAUCACCCAGAACAAGUACCUGCUGGCCACCCGGCUCACUAGCCAGCGGCUGUUCCAUGAACUCUGUCCUGUGAAGCGGUCUCACCGACAGAGGAAGUACUGUGUGGUUUUGCUGACGGCCGAGGCUAACAAGCUAAGCGAACCCUUUGACGCCUUCCUGUCGUUUGCAUUGGCAAACACUCAGGACACUGUACGCUUCGUGCAUGUGUACAGCAACCGGCAGCAGGAGUUCGCCAGCACCUUGCUACCAGACAGCGAGGCGUUCCAAGGGAAGUCGGGGGUGUCCAUCUUGGAAAGAAGAAACACGGCAGGGAGGGUGGUGUUUAAAACCCUGGACGACCCCUGGACGGGCAGCGAGAGUGAUAAGUUCGUCCUCUUGGGUUAUCUUGACCAGCUUCGGAAAGAUCCGGCCUUUCUGUCCUCGGAAGCUGUGCUCCCUGACCUGACUGAUGAACUUGCCCCUGUGUUUUUCCUCCGGUGGCUCUACUCUGUUUCUGACUCCCUCUCAGACUGGUGGGAGAGCCUGCUUCACAGUAACUGGCGGGAGAUGAUGCCCCUGCUGUCCCUCAUCUUCUCCGCUCUCUUCAUUCUCUUCGGCACUGUCAUUGUCCAGGCUUUCAGUGACUCAAAUGAGGAACGAGAGUCACAGCCUCCAGAUAAGGAAGAGGUCCCUGAGAAGACCGGAAAGACUGAGCCAACCUUCACCAAAGAAAACAGCAGCAAGAUUCCCAAGAAAGGCUUUGUGGAGGUGACUGAGCUUACAGACGUGACAUACACCAGCAACUUGGUACGCCUGAGACCAGGCCACAUGAAUGUGGUUCUCAUCCUUUCCAAUUCCACCAAGACAAGCCUGCUGCAGAAAUUCGCUUUAGAGGUCUACACAUUCACUGGGAGCAGCAGCCUGCACUUCUCCUUCCUGAGUCUGGACAAACACCGAGAGUGGCUGGAGUACUUGCUGGAGUUUGCUCAGGACGCAGCCCCGAUCCCAAACCAGUAUGACAAGCACUUUAUGGAGCGGGACUACACUGGCUACGUGCUGGCCCUGAACGGCCACAAGAAGUAUUUCUGCCUUUUCAAGCCCCUAAAGACAGUGGACGAGGAGGCUGUGGCCUCCUGCGACCCUGACUCCUCCAGAGGGAAGCUGCCCUGUGGCCUCGGGCCCAAGCCCCUCAAGGGCAAGCUGAGCAAGUUGUCCUUGUGGAUGGAGCGCCUGCUGGAAGGUUCCUUGCAAAGGUUUUACAUCCCAUCGUGGCCUGAGCUAGACUGAGACAUGGACUCUUCAGGUUUUUAACGUGCCCCAGGAACAGGGAUUUCCAGGAGAGUCUAGGUUUUAGAUUUCUCUUCUAGAGCAAUGGCUAGAAGACCUUUCCUUUGUCACCUAGGAGUAAAACAUGUCGCAGGUUUGACCCCUAGAUGAAAACCUUUCCCUGGGUUUUCUCACCCCCAUUUGAAUGCCGCACUAUUUCAGAUAGACGCUCGUCCUUCUUUGUUGUCCCUGAGACAUGCCCACACCACCCUGUCCUUAGGUUGGAGAAGCCCAUGGUUUGACCUCGAGUCGUGCUGGAUGAACCUCAGGAUCCUCACUAACCUGUUCUGCAGGGUGGCUCACUCUCCCCCAACCCUUCCACCACCACCCCCCCCCAGUAGGCUCCUGGCUUGGCCCCUGCCAUGCUUCUGCCAAGGCACAUGCUCUCAACACAGGACAGCCCACCAGAGCUUCUCGGUCCUGCAUCUUUGAAAGCGGCCUAGUUCUAAGCGGUUUUACAUGUGGCCAUCUUCUGGGAGCAAACAUUGAGAAGUAUAUUUUGGGGGUAUCUCCCACAACAGUUGGCCAGCCAUGGCUUUGAAAGGAAAAGACUGAGCAGUGGGUGAGGGUGUAACAUUGACAUUUGGUUCUCCCCACCCAGAGAAGGGAGGGUUGGCCUCUGACUGGAGUCUCACAGCCCUGUGAUCCUUCAUGAGCAUCCCUUGUUCCCGUCCCUGUCCUUCACUACACUCCCGUGUAUGCACCAUCCUAGCCAGGGCAGUCUGCCUAGCCAGCACUGUCGUGACUGAGCCACUGACCUGUCUCCAGAUGCCUUUCUGCCUCUGUGGAUUGUAGAGUUUGGAUACUAGGAGCCAUAACCUGUGAGCUUGUUCUCUGAGCUUAGAGAAGCUGCUAUAGAGCCAGUAGAUUUAAGUGACAGCAGUUAUUCCUGUCCGCCAAGAGCCAGGUGCAGGAGCCCUUCCUGCCACACUCUCUGUCGAGUAAAAUGCCAGGUGUGUCUUCGUACCAAGGAACCUGACCUCUCUGACAGUUCAUCUUGAACAUUGUCGUCCCCAAAGUGCUGAACCUUCAAGUUGUCUCUGAGACUUGUUCCCGACUCCUGUCCGGCAGGCAGCUAGCUUCCUACUUCUGGCCUGCAUUUUGGCUUCUCAGCUUCCUCAUUUCAUCCUUCCCUUAUCGCUGCUUCCUGCUGCCAGAUCAGACCCAUCGAAUCCAGCUUGCCUGGCUCCACGCACCCUCAGGCUCAGGGCGGGAUCAUGUUCGUCCACUCAACAUACCCUUUGUUUUUAGGGCCAAACCACAAGGGGAGUUUGGACAACUGUGACACGUGGUAUGUUCUACUGUUAAGCAAGUGCCCUUUUAUAAAGUGAAGGGCACAAAUCAGGGACAGGACAUUCACUCAGUUAGUAUUCUGUAAUCAUAAUUGCUUUGAACCAAGCACCUCGGAUCCUGACUACUUUAAACACUGAGCUCCAGUGGUAAGUGAUAACUCUCUGAGCCCAAGACCCUCUGUAGUUCUCAAAGAGUCUUUAGCUUUAUUAAAAAAUAAAGAAGCCGGGCGGUGGUGGCGCACGCCUUUAAUCCCAGCACUCGGGAGGCAGAGACAGGCGGAUUUCUGUGAGUUCGAGGCCAGCCUGGUCUACAGAGCGAGAUCCAGGACAGGCACCAAAACUACACAGAGAAACCCUGUCUCGAAAAACAACCAAAAAAAUAAAAAAACAUGAAGAAAUCACUGCCAGGCUUCAUUCUUCCAUCUGGCCCUCUAGAAGUACAUGCUGACCCUCAAUGCUGCUGCUUAUGUGGCUGGCCCAGCUAGAAAGGGUGAAGGCAGUCAUGGGCUCCUCAGUGCCCCGUCCUCAGAAUGCGUUUCUGGAGGCUGAGGGUGAGCCAGGGUAGAACACAUGCCUGCAGGUGUAAAGCCUGAGUUCCAUCCCCAGGAUCACGUACAAAUCGUGUUUGGUUUGGGUUUUUUCUGGUGUUUGGUUUGGUUUGGUUUGGUUUAAUGGUGGGGCUCCUCUUGUGAGUAUGUUUUAACUCAUUGAUAGAUUUUUGUCUUUACAUUUCUGGAACUGAUAAAAUUCCUUGACAUAUAAUUCUAAAAACCAAAAACUCCCCAGGUUUUUGUUCUUUCUUCAAAACUGUACCAAGAAGAUAAAAGUCCCUUCCAUUGGGGUGACAGAGGGAAGUGGUAACAGGACUGAGUCCAGAAUCCCUACAGAUCUGAUGGGGAUCACAAUGGACAUCACGGUUUGCUUGCUUGCUUGCUUUGAGACAGGGUCUCACUAUGUAGCCCAGGCUGGCCUCCAGCUCAAGGCCUUCCUGCCUCAGCCUCCCAAGUCCUGGGGUUACAGGCGUGCACCACAAGUCUACCUUUGACAGAUACAAGCCUUUCUUCCUGAAUGUUAUUUCCAUGAAUUGUUUAUUUUUUGUGUCAAAUAUGAGCUAUUUUUAUGCUCAGCCAAAUGCCAAGGUUUCUCAUCCUAAUGAAUGUAAUAUCACAGGACCCAGUUUCAGUUGAGACACUGCUAUUUGAGGAGGUGAGUGUCUGCUCAAGACAGCCUAUGAAUCAUGUUCAGUAGACAGGAUACAGUAGCCUCUUUAGUCAGUCUGUGUGGAAUACCUCUUCCUGCCACUCAGGGACUGGCUGCCCUUUGUCUAACCCAGAGUUGAUAGGCUGCCUGGAGACAGUGCAGAAGCAGGCUGCUCUCCCUGUCACCUGCCACCACCCCACAGAGUUGGCUUAUUUUCAGAUGGGUUAGUCUCAUUCCUAGCCUUUUCCAUAGUGCUGAUCAUUUGCAGCCACCGUCGUGUUUCCCUGGUGUUGAAAAAAUAAUAAAAUGGGUCUGACCCAUUUGCUUUGCUUGGGGCGAGGGAUUGGAAGCGAGCACUCAGCCUCUGUUUUGUUGUCAAAAUAGAAUUCCAUACUGGGGCUGUAGUUCAGUGGUAAAGCAUUUGCCUAGCAUGUGUGAGCCCCUUGAAUGGAUCUCCAGUGAUGAGGGAGGAAAAUUAGGUAGAAUCCCUUAAAUAUUGUUGCAAGGAGCCAGAUGUGGAGCACAUGCCUGUAAUCCCAGCACUCAGGAAGCAGAGGCAAGAGAAUCAGGAGCUCAGGGUCAUCUUUAGCAUGAGCAGGUGAAACCAGCUUGGGCUAUGAGACCUUGUCUCAAAAAACAAAUGCUACCAGAUUGGGGUGUUACACAGUGGUUCGAAUACUCACGUAGUACAUAUGAGGCCCUGUGUUCUUUGAUCUUAGCACCACAAAAUAAAUAAACAGGUAAAUAGCUGAAUAGAUAGAGGCUGGAGAUGAAAUAUAGUUCAUGUCCACGUAUCUGGAGCCGCCCUUGGAAACAAAGGCAGCAUGGCAGUGCUGAAUUGGCCGGUUUUGUCUGCUAGGGAAGAUGGCUGUACUUGGGAGACAGACCUGAGAGGAAGGGGAAUAUUUUGCACUUUUGAUACUAUUAAGAACAAAUAAUUUAUUUGGCAAAUUGUGUCUUUUUAUGUUUUAUGUUUUUACUUUUCAGUUUUGUUUUUUGUUUUGUUUUGUUUCUGUAUUGUGAACAGGCACUAAAGCUAAUGUUAUUUUGUUUUAAGAAUAUUAUGGACUGGAAACAAAUAAACUAUUUUAAUGUG